AUGUUUUCCGGCAGCUUGACCCAUAUAUUCCUCACUCGAGUGCUUCCGUUGCUAUUGCUUGUUCGCAUCAGUCACGGCUUCCUACGACGAUGGCGGCAGCAGCAGAAGGCUGGAAGACUCGGAUGCAAGCCCAUACCACUUGAACCAACACGAUGGCUGUUCGGAAUUGACGUUCUGCUACGCCUGCUGGAGGCAGAUCGCCAGCAGCGGACACCAGACUUCAUCGUUGAGCGAUACAACGCAAUGGGCCCUCGGUAUACCUGGCGAACGCGGAUGCUGGGCAGCGAGCACUACACCACAGCCGACCCCAAAAACAUCCAGGCAAUCUUAGCAACACAAUUCAACGAUUUUGGGAUGGGUCAAGCUCGCAGUCGGGGGCUGAAGACCGUCCUUGGCCGCAGUAUUUUCGCCGUCGAUGGACCAGAGUGGCAUAGCGCGCGCGAGGUCGUCCGACCAAUCUUUUCGCGUGAGCAGGUCUCCGACCUCGCUUUGUUGGAACGACAUCUGCAGCGCAUGCUGCUAUGCAUGCCUGGCGAACCGGAUGGCUGGACGAAACCCGUCAGUCUGGCGUCCCUCAUUCCGUGUCUGACCAUCGAUUCGGCCACGGAACUCUUCCUGGGGAAAAGUUCAGAUUCGCUCCUGAUCCGUCUGCAAGAGGAGCAGCACCAUCAGCAGAAAGACUUCCACUGGGCCUUCGAGCGGGUGCAGGAAUUGCUCAGUAAACGCCUGCGGCUCCGGAAUUUGUACUGGCUCUAUGGGACCCGGCAGAUCAAAGAAUGCGUCACCAUCCUCCACGCAUUCUGCGACCAGGCAAUCACAGAUGCAGGACAAGCCGACCAAGGAAACAAGAAGCGUUACGACCUCCUCGAGGCGCUGAUCUCGCGAUCUCCAAACCCAAGCGAAGUCCGCGACCAUGUUCUCGGCCUUCUCGCCGCGGGCCGGGACACGACAGCCUCCCUUCUCAGCUGGGUCUUCUACUGUCUCAUCCGCCAUCCGGCCAUCUUCGACAAACUCCGUCGGGUCGUUCUCGACACCUUUGGCCCCUACCAUGAGAACCAAGUUACCAUCACCUUUGAGCGUCUCAAGAGCUGCACCUACCUCCAGCACGUCCUGUCUGAGACCCUCCGCCUCCACUCCGUUGUCCCGUUCAACAGUCGCCGGGCACUACGCGAUACGACUCUCCCCAGUGGUGGCGGACCAGACGGUACAGCUCCGGUUUUCAUACCUGCUGGACAGGAAGUGAACUUCAGCAGUCAUGUCCUGCAUCGCCGCCACGAUAUCUGGGGCCCCGACGCGGACGAGUUCAUCCCGGAGCGGUGGGAGGGCAAGCGACCGGGCUGGACGUACGUCCCGUUCAACGGGGGGCCCAGGAUAUGCAUUGGGCAGCAGUUCGCGCUGACGGAGGCUGGGUAUGUGAUCUCACGGAUGCUCCAGCGGUUUGACAGGAUCCAGGGGCUAGAUGUUGAUCCCACGAGGGAUUGGCAUCAUUUCACGAUUACCUGUAGUCCGGGCCCCGGCCGCGAGAGCGUCAAGGCGACAUUGCGGAUUGCGCGGGAUAGUUGA